AUGGGAAAGAACGGCCUCUUCGGCCAGCUCAAGGGCAUCGAUGCCUUCUCCAAGACGAUGGACGACGUCCGGGUGCGGACAAACGUCGGAGCGCUCAUCACCCUCGUUUCGGCCUGCCUCAUCGCCCUCUUGACCAUCGGCGAAUUCAUCGACUACCGCACCGUGCACCUCAAGCCAUCGCUCGAGGUCGAUCGCUCCCGCGGUGAGAAGCUCACCGUCAACAUGAACGUCACCUUUCCGCGCGUCCCCUGCUACCUCGUCUCGCUCGACGUCAUGGACAUCUCGGGCGAGCACCAGAACGACAUCACCCACGACCUCGAGCGCAUCCGCAUCAGUCCAGACGGCCAGCCCGUCGAGUUUGGCUCCAAAAAGGGCCUGACGGGCGAUGCGGCGAGGAUCGCAAAGACGCGCGGCAAGGACUACUGCGGCUCGUGCUACGGCGGCGUCGCCCCCGCCAGCGGCUGCUGCAACUCGUGCGACGAGGUGCGCGAGGCCUACGUCCGCCGCGGCUGGUCCUUUAACGACCCGGACCACGUCGACCAGUGCGUCGAGGAGCACUGGACCGACAAGAUCAAGGAGCAGAACAAGGAAGGGUGCCGCCUGUCGGGCAAGUUGCACGUCAACAAGGUCGUCGGCAGCUUCCACCUCUCGCCCGGCCGCGCGUUCCAGGCCAACAACAUGCACAUCCACGACCUGGUCCCCUACCUCUCGGGCACGGGCGCCGAGCACCACGACUUUGGCCACUUUAUCCACGAGUUCAGCUUCGCCAGCGAAAACAAGGCCCAGGGCGGCAGCGGUUGGGGCCGGAGCAGCGGCCAGACGGUGACCGACGCCGAGAUCAAGAAGCGGCUGGGCGUCCAGGACCCGCUCAACGGCGUGCGGGCGCACACGGAAAAGAGCGCCUUUAUGUUCCAGUAUUUCCUCAAGGUGGUGGCCACCGAAUUCCGGUCGCUGAGCCGCGAGGUGCUCAAGACUCACCAGUACUCGGUCACGACCUACGAGCGGGACCUGAGCCCGGGCGCCGCGGCGCGGGCGGCGGCGGGCCUGGCAAAGGAGGGGAGCGGUGCGCACGUGUCGCACGGCUUUGCGGGCGUUCCGGGCGUGUUUUUCAACUACGAGAUUUCGCCGCUCAAGACGAUCCACACCGAGACUAGGCAGAGCCUGGCGCACUUUCUCACGUCGACGUGCGCCAUCGUGGGCGGCAUCCUGACGGUGGCGGGGCUGGUGGACAGCGCCAUCUACAGCUACCGGAGGCGGUUGGGAGCGACGAGCGCCGAGAGCGGCGACCUGCGCGCGCGCGAGGGGCUCGGGUACACGAGCAAGACGGGCAAGUUUCUCUGA